GUCGGGAGUGGGUGUUGUGUGCCUAACGGUCGGAGCGCCGGGGGCGAGAAGACGGUCUUUUUUAAACUCUUAAGGAUUACCUUCCAAAGAGAUGUCAGAAGAGAAAAUUGGCUUUUACUAAUUUGAUACUGCAAAAUUUGUAUAACUUAAACCAUAAGAUAGAUUGUAAAAAGUGGCAAGAUAGAGAUGACAAACACCUUGGAUACAGUACCCAAAGUCAUUGAAAGUGAACGUUCCUGUCCUAAUUUUGCAGUUAAUAAAUCUGCAUUUGCUACCUUUCCAAAAAGGAGAAGCUUUAAUAUCUGUGAGCUAGCCAAGCAAUACUCUGCUGUUUCUACUCACCAGUCAAAAUUUAGCAAUGAAGGGAAAUUCAGUGAGAAGAAUGGUGGAUUAUUGCAACAACUGAAUGGACAAAUUCAGCAAAAAUUUUACAUUGAAGGCAGAUAUCAGGGUACAAGUGUUGGUAACUUAAACCGUAAGUUGAAAACACAAAAGCCAUGUAUGGGAGGCAAUCACAGAAACAGUGAGCAGGCAGGGGAAGAGUGGCCACCAACUGGCCGCACUGAUGAGGACAGAGUUCAGCAUCAAACCAUUGCCCCUUUAACUUCUCCAUCAGAAUCGACUGAAAAGAAUCAAGAUGUUUACUUACAGAACUUUAAUCCCAAGAAAAUGUCUGCAACAUCUGCACUGACAUCUUCCAUGCUUUGCAUUUAUUGUGGAUGUCAAGGUUCAAAUCAAUGUUCACGGUGUAAGCAAGCGUAUUGUUCACUUAAGUGCCAGAAGACUGAUUGGCCAGUCCACAGACGUCUUUGUAAACCUCCAAAGCUACUUAAACCUGAGGAUCACCUGAAGUUACCCGAAGAAAUGACGCCCCUGGACAGCAAGGCUAAAUCUUCUCAGUGCAUAAAUACCGAGAAAAUGGCAAAAAAAAUUAAAUUAAAUGACCUGAGAUUCAAAGAAUUGCCAAGGGAAUCAAAGUUGCAGGUGGUUGUUACAGAAUUCAAAGACCCAACUGAGUUUUAUGUGCAAAUUCUGACUCCAGAAAAUUUUGAAACUUUAAGAACAAUUGACUUAUCACUCAUGGAGGUGUUUGCCAAUAUGAAUAACCUGGAUGACUAUAUACCAGAUGAAGGGGAAAUAUGUGCAGCAAAAUUUUCAAGGGAUCAGAAGUGGUAUAGAGCAUUAGUCCAGGGUGUGAAUGUUGCACAGAAGAUGGCCAAUGUUUUGUACAUUGAUUAUGGAAAUGGAGAAAUUGUUCCACUGGACAAGAUUCAGCCACUGGACAUUGAGAUGGCUCUUUCACCACCUUGUGCAAUGAAAUGCUGUGUUGCAAAUAUCCCAAAACACACCAGAUGGAAUGAAGAGUACAUUUCAUCAAUCAAGCUUCAACUUUUACAGAAACCUUGCUCCAUGACUAUCAUUGAGAAAGUGGAUAAUCUGUCCUGUACUGCUGUGGAACUCGUAAUGCCUUCUGGAAAGUUAUUACAGAAGAGCAUAUUAGAGUAUGCCACAAAUCAAGAUGAUAGAAUCAAGAUUUCAGGACAAGAAGACCUCACAAAGCUACUUCAUAAAAACAAUGGAGAUCAUAUAUCCGGAGAGAGCAUGUUAUCUUUGUGUGUUGAAGAUGUUGAUGAUGUUGCUGUCAUUGUAUCACACGUUGAAACACCAAGCAACUUCUUCUGUCAGCAGCUAGUUAAUAGAUAUGAGUUUCAAAGACUACAAAAAGCAUUGACUGAAUAUUGUCAUAACUUGACUCUUGUAUCAAGUUAUAGACCAUCAGUUGAAGAAAUGUGCUGUGCCCAAUUCACAGAAGAUCACCAGUGGUACAGAGCUGUUGUGAUACGUUACUUCCCUGAGGAUAUUGCUCUGGUGGGGUAUGUAGAUUUUGGAAAUGUUGAAAAGCUUCAUUUGAGUCACCUGCGUCCAAUCAAAGAAGAACUGUUGGAAUUGCCACAUCAGGCAUUGAAAUGUGCUUUGGCUGAUGUAAAGCCAUUACAUGAUACUUGGUCUUCGGAUGCCAUAUUAAAGAUGAAAAGUCUGGUGAUGAAUAAAUGCCUAAAAUCCAAGACUGUAGCAAAGAAAGAGAACAUCUCAAUUGUGGAACUUGUAGAUGAAACAGCAAAUCCCAUUAUUAAUGUCAGUGAACAGUUAAUUGCUGCAGGGAUGGCUGUUAAAAAUGUUGAACAAAUUAUUCCCAUUUUGGAAAACAAAACAUUGGUUAGAAGUAAAAUGCAUGCAAAGUUGUGGAAGACUGUGGAGCUGCCAUUGAACUGUAUAGUACCCAUUAAGGUGAAAGAAAUAAUCAGCCCUGAAUUUGUCUUUGUUCAUGUUAUUGGCACUCAAGAUUGGAAUAAAUUAUGCUCACUGAAUAUUGAGUUGAAUGAACAAUGUAGAGCUCAACCAGAUAAUUCAGUAUUCAAGCCUGAAGUUGGUGAUGCUUGUUGUGUAAGACUUUCAGAUGACAAUUGCUGGCAUCGUGCAAUUGUACUGAAUUGUUCUGGAUCAGUAUUGAAAGUCAUCUGUGCAGAUUAUGGAAAUGUGGAAACUGUACCUCUUGAAAGGGUAAAAUAUAUUAAACCAGAACUGUUGAAACAUCCAGUUCAAGUUGCAAAGUUUUCACUAGCAGAUGUUGAACCAGAACUUGAUGAGUGGACUCCUGCAACCAGCAACUUCCUCAGAACUCUUCUGCUCGAUAAAAAUGUUUUGGCAACAGUUAGGGAGUUCGAUGGAAAUGUACACGUCGUUGAAUUGAUUGGGUAUUUUGAAGGUGCUGCCAUUAAGGUAUCUGAUAAGUUGGUAUCGGAAGGUCUGGCUAAAUCCUCUGAGGAAUCAACUAAAGAAGUUCAAACUCCGAGAAGUUGUUGUUGCCGAAAUCUUCAGAGCAGUGUGGAAGAAAUCAAGCAGCAACUUGCAGCACUAGUGAACAAAAAUAAUGCAACUAUUAUGUGAUUAAUAAAAAUGAAGAUAAGUCUACAUUUCAUUGAAAAAAUGACUAUUUAAAUAUUGGCCUUUGGCAUGUACAGAACAAUUAUAAAGAAACCCCAUUUUCAUUUAUUUUGUGUUCUUUGUAUAUGCUAUAUUAUUUCUUAGAAGUUUAAAACCAGUUCAAAAGCAAAGCCUAGGUGAAAGAAAUGCAAAGCAAUUGUCUAUUAGGAAGAAAGUAUUAACCUGUCAGAAAGAGAAAUCAUUCCUUCAUUGACCAUAGCCAGAAAAUUCUUCAUAGUAAUCAGAUCUUCAUAAAGCACAUUGUCAUGUCCUUGAUACCUUCCUCAGUUGAGAAUACUUGGUUACAUUUAUGGUGCAUAUCAUCCAACAUGUUUUGGAUGGUGUGAUGAGCCAUUGUAACAUUAUUGUUUUUACUUAGCACAUUCGGUGUCUUUCAAAGAAUAUUGUCAUAAUAAAAACUGCAAUUCAAUAUUUUCACAACCUCAGGAUGUACCAAGCUCUUUACGGUCUAUGAAAUACUAUUGAAGUAUGGUACUGUUGUAAUCUACUUUUGGUUGAUUUUUUUGAUUAUGAUAUUGCUGCACUGAAAUGCCAGUCUAAAUUGCAUUGGCAUUGCCAUUUAAUGGUAUUUCUUUCUGUCCAUGCGAACUUGGCGAACAGUCCCAUUCCCUCUUUUUCCCAGUAACCUACUUUUCCACAUUGCCCUCAACUCUCCUAAGAUUUUACCUCUUGGGUAUACACUAGGGACAAUCUACAGUGGCCAAUUAACCUACCAGUCUGCAUCUGUGGGACAUGGGAGGAAAUCCACGAGUCCCCAAAACAUGCAGACUCCACACAGACAGCACCUGGGGUCAGAAUUGAACCUGGGCAAUCCCAUGAGUCCCCAGAACAUGCAAACUCCACACAGACAGCAGUUUAGGUCAGGAAAUUGGAGCUGUAAGGCAGCAGCUCUAACAGUGGGACCAUGGUGAUUGAUUAAAAGCAGAUUUCAGAUCUGAGGUCUGCUUGAUCAUUGUUGUUAUAACCUGAGCCAAUUUUGUGCUUUACAGCAGUGAUGCCACUGAACUGACACUUUUUUGACCUCUGUUAAAUAUUCUACAACACACCAUUUGAAAUUCCAGUUAUAAUUCAUAAUGAACCAUGGCAAAGUUCAAAUUUCAAUGCUUUAUCUAUAUGGUUACUUUUUUAAAAACAAUUCUUAAAGGUAUUCUUCCUAGAAGCUACUUCUGCCUGAGAACUUUGCGAUUCCGCUGCACUGUCCAGCCAGAUCGUAGCUUUGUAGUAUUGCAUCCUGUUAUUAAGAAGAUAGUGGAAGCAAGCUUCUCAGCAUUCAUGAUGCCCGAUGUAAGUCCUCCUUACUCCUGUUCAAUUUUAGGAAGGAUUUUUCAUUCUCUUAAUACUAAAUUCCAGUAAGAUGGCACUCAUUUGUUGUGCUUUAAAGGUCAAUAAGAAUAAAAAAGAAGGAAAAAUGAAAGGGAAAUUAAGUGUGAACUGUCUUGCCAUAUUUGUAUCACUCAAAGAAUUCCAUAUUGGGUUAUAUUUCACUUAUCUGUUUGCUUUGUGACUUGGGUUAACCAUGUGAACUGCUCAGUGUUUUCUCGGCUGCUAAUGUGAUUUGUACAAUUAAAAAUGGAGCUAUUACUCAUUAAAAU